ACUCUUGGGAUUCUGUUCAGAGAACCAAAGAUGUUUCCCCUCAGCUAAACCAAGCCACUAUCAUUGACCUCCACCCUUCCUCAACUUACAAUAUCCGCAUGUAUGCCAAGAAUCGCAUCGGCAAGAGCGAGGCCAGCAAUGAGCUCACCAUCACUACCGAUGAAGCAGCUCCUGAUGGUCCACCUCAGGAUGUCCAACUUGAGCCUAUAUCUUCACAAAGCAUUAGGGUCACCUGGAAGGCUCCAAAGAAGCACUUGCAAAAUGGAAUUAUUCGUGGAUACCAGAUAGGUUAUCGGGAGUACAGUGCAGGGGGAAAUUUCCAAUUCAACAUCAUCAGUAUUGAUACCACGGGGGACAGUGAAGUUUAUACGCUGAAUAACCUGAAAAAAUUCACCCAGUAUGGCAUGGUGGUCCAGGCGUGUAACCGGGCUGGAAUAGGACCUUCUUCUCAGGAAAUCAUCACCACUACUCUUGAGGAUGUGCCCAGUUGCCCUCCAGGGAACGUGCAAGCCACUGCCACAUCGCCAGAAACCAUCUCUAUUUCUUGGUCAACAUUGGCGAAAGAAACCCUGAAUGGGAUUCUGCAAGGAUUCAGGGUUAUCUACUGGGCCAAUCUCUUGGAUGGAGAGCUAGGAGAGAUAAAGAAUGUCACUACUACACAGCCAUCACUAGAGCUUGAUGGCCUGGAAAAAUACACCAACUACAGCAUUCAGGUGUUGGCUUUUACACGAGCUGGAGAUGGAGUGAGAAGCGAACAAAUUUUCACCCGCACUAAAGAAGAUGUUCCAGGUCCUCCUGCCGGUGUUAAAGCAGCUGCGGCUUCGGCCUCCAUCGUCUUCGUCUCCUGGCUCCCUCCCCUCAAGCUGAACGGCAUCAUUCGGAAAUACACUGUCUUCUGCUCACACCCCUACCCCACCGUAAUCAGCGAGUUUGAAGCCUCUCCCGACUCAUUUUCCUACAGAAUCCCCAACCUGAGCCGGAAUCGCCAGUACAGUGUCUGGGUGGUAGCAGUGACUGCUGCGGGAAGAGGCAACAGCAGCGAGAUUAUCACUGUGGAACCGCUAGCUAAAGCUCCGGCCAGGAUUUUGACGUUCAGUGGCACGGUGACAACUCCCUGGAUGAAGGACAUUGUCCUCCCUUGCAAAGCUGUGGGAGACCCAGCUCCGACAGUCAAAUGGAUGAAGGAUAGUAACGGGACACCCAGUCUAGUGAUGAUUGAUGGGCGAAGAAGCAUCUUUAGCAACGGCAGCUUUGUCAUCCGUACUGUGAAAGCAGAAGACUCGGGAUACUACAGUUGCGUGGCCAGUAACAACUGGGGAUCAGAUGAAAUAAUUUUGAAUUUGCAGGUACAAGUUCCACCAGACCAACCAAGACUCACUGUAUCAAAAACUACAUCUUCCUCUAUCACUCUUUCCUGGAUACCUGGAGACAAUGGUGGACGUUCUAUCCGAGGUUAUAUUUUGCAGUACUCGGAAGAUAACAGUGAGCAGUGGGGUAGUUUUCCCAUUAGCCCUAGUGAGAGGUCCUACCGUUUAGAAACACUGAAAUGUGGCACUUGGUACAAGUUUACUCUAACUGCUCAGAACGGAGUGGGGCCAGGACGCAUCAGCGAGAUCAUUGAAGCCAAAACGCUUGGAAAAGAGCCACAGUUUUCGAAGGAACAAGAGCUCUUUGCUAGUAUCAACACCACGAGAGUAAGGCUGAACCUGAUAGGCUGGAAUGAUGGUGGCUGCCCCAUCACCUCCUUCACCCUGGAGUACCGGCCAUUUGGGACAACAGUCUGGACGACCGCUCAGCGGACCUCCCUGUCCAAGUCCUACAUACUGUAUGACCUCCAGGAGGCAACUUGGUACGAGCUGCAAAUGAGAGUGUGCAACAGUGCUGGCUGUGCAGAGAAACAAGCCAAAUUUGCAACGCUCAAUUACGAUGGCAGUACAAUCCCUCCACUCAUUAAGUCAGUUGUGCAAAGUGAGGAAGGGCUGGCAACCAACGAAGGGCUAAAGAUGCUGGUGACCAUUUCCUGUAUCUUGGUUGGGGUCUUGCUGCUUUUUGUGAUGCUGCUGAUUGUGCGGAGGAGAAGGAGGGAGCAGAGACUGAAGAGACUGCGAGAUGCAAAGAGUUUGGCUGAAAUGCUUAUGAGCAAGAACACCAGGACUUCAGAUACUCUUAAUAAGCAGCAGCAAACCCUGAGGAUGCACAUAGAUAUUCCCAGAGCACAGCUUCUGAUUGAGGAGAGGGACACGAUGGAGACCAUUGAUGACAGAUCAACGGUUCUGCUCACUGACGCUGACUUUGGAGAGACGUCUAAGCAGAAGUCCCUGACUGUCACCCACACAGUACAUUACCAGUCUGUGUCACAAGCUACAGGACCACUGGUGGAUGUUUCCGAUGCCCGGCCAGGAACAAAUCCUACCACAAGGCGGAAUGCCAAAACCGGACCCACCGCUCGCAACCGCUACGCCAGUCAGUGGACCCUCAACAGACCUCACCCCACCAUAUCGGCUCAUACCCUCACCACAGACUGGAGGCUGCCCACCCCCAGGCCAGCGGGGUCGGUGGACAAGGAGAGCGACAGCUACAGCGUCAGCCCCUCGCAGGACACAGAUCGAGCAAGAAGCAGCAUGGUCUCUACAGAAAGUGCCUCCUCCACAUAUGAAGAGCUAGCGAGAGCGUAUGAGCAUGCAAAAAUGGAAGAGCAGCUGAGACAUGCCAAGUUCACCAUUACCGAAUGCUUCAUAUCAGACACGUCGUCGGAGCAGCUCACGGCAGGGACUAAUGACUACACAGACAGCUUGACCUCAAGCACGCCGUCGGAGUCGGGGAUUUGCAGGUUUACCGCAUCCCCCCCUAAACCUCAGGACGGAGGGCGAGUGAUGAACAUGGCAGUUCCAAAGGCGCAUCGGCCAGGUGAGACGUUAGAGUAA